UUUUCAUAACAAAUGCACCCCUCAUAAUAAUAUUUUAUAAUCUCUAUUCAAUACUCACUACUACAAAUUAAACAUGGAAAAUAUUGUUUGUGUUAUCUUUCAAUUACUCUGCUUGUUAGUGGCAUGUAUUGCCAGUGCUACAAACAUAAGCACUGAUCAAUCUGCUCUUCUUGCAUUCAAACACGGUGUUACUCUAAACUCUUUAAUAUCUCAAAAUUGGUCUUCUCAAGUUACUGUUUGCGAUUGGAUUGGAGUCACUUGCGAUCCUCGCCACCAUCGGGUAACUGCACUGAACGUAUCCAACAUGGACAUUUAUGGGUACAUUCCGCCACAUUUGGGAAAUCUCUCGUUUCUCGCUUCUCUAGAUAUGAGUAGAAAUAAUUUACAAGGUGAUCUCCCUCAAGAUUUGUCUCGUUUACGUAGACUGAAGGUGAUGAAUCUCGGAUUCAAUAACUUCAGUGGCGAGAUUCCAACGUGGUUUGGGUUCUAUUCUGAGCUUCAGAUGUUAAUUCUAGAUAAUAACAGUUUCACUUAUAUACCUUCUCCUUCUAUUUCUAACCUGUCUAUGUUAGAAAUUCUUAGUGUUAGAUACAAUCAUCUCCAAGGCGAAUUUCCCAAAGAUAUUGGCAACCUUCAGAAUCUGAAGGAGUUGAUUUUAUUCAAAAACCAACUUACUGGCUCUAUUCCGUUCUCCGUUUUCAAUAUUUCAUCGUUAGAAAAUUUAGAUCUCACACAUAAUCAAUUAUCAGGAAGUCUUCCUGUAGAUAUAUGUCGCCGUCUUCAAAGAAUAAAGAGCAUUUCAAUCAUUUCCAACCACUUGAGUGGUUACAUUCCACCUGGUUUAUCUAACUGCACCGAACUGUAUGAAUUGUCAUUGUCGUACAAUAUCUUCACUGGGACUAUUCCACCAGAAAUUCUAAACUUGGAGAGGCUUGAGAGCUUAAACCUCGGGGGAAACAACUUGCAAGGCAAAAUUCCAGCUGAGAUUGGUACUUUAAGAAACUUGCAGCAAUUACAAUUGGAGAACAAUCAUAUCGUGGGUUCAAUACCACGCAGCAUAUCCAACUUAUCAUCACUAUUGUUGCUUAAUUUCAACACAAACAGUUUAUCAGGUGUUAUGCCAAGAGAGAUUGGGAAUCUUCACAAAUUGGAGAUACUUUAUUUGCAAUUUAAUCAGUUAAGUGGUACCAUACCGGAAGAGCUCUUCAAUAUCUCGACAUUGAGAAGGAUGUCACUGGGAUACAAUAACCUUUCAGGUAGUCUUCCAUCUUCUUCAAGCUACUGGCGGACAAAUCUGGAGCUUUUGGUUCUUUCUGUAAACAACAUUGGUGGAUCUAUACCCAGCUCAAUCUCCAAUUCUUCAAAUCUAAAGAGAUUAAUUCUUGAGGAUAAUAAGUUUAGUGGACCAAUUCCUUACUCGUUGGGGGAUUUGAGACAGCUUGAAGAACUCAUAUUGUACAAUAAUACCUUAUCGUCUCCGCACCUAAGUAUCUUUUCUUCCUUGACCAACUGCAGAUCUUUAAGACAAGUAAUGUUAGCAAAUAAUCCUCUGAAUGGAGUUCUUCCAGAUUCCAUUGGAAAUCUAUCCACUUCUAUGGAAAUAUUUGAUUUAUCUCUUUCUGAAAUUAGGGGUUGGAUACCAUUAGGAAUUGGGAAUUUAAGUGACUUAAGCUCUUUGUCCCUAUUUGGAAAUGACUUGACUGGAUCAGUGCCAACAACAUUAUGUGAUUUACACAUUCUUCAAGGAUUACGUCUUGACAAUAAUAGAUUAAGUGGCCCCUUGCCUGAGUGCUUUUGCAAAAUGUCAUCGUUGGGCUUGGUUAAUUUGUCAUACAAUCGAAUUUCGGGUUCCAUACCAUAUUGCAUUGGCAAAGUUACCUCUUUGAGAAAUAUUUAUCUAAAUUCGAAUAGGUUUACUAACAUACCCAUCAGUCUAUGGAGCCUCAAAGAUCUUUUGGUGCUUGACUUGUCGAAUAAUUCUUUGGUUGGUUCUUUACCUCCAGAUUUUGGAAAUUUGAAUGCCAUAACAUAUGUAGAUCUGUCCAGGAAUAAUCUUUCAGGAAGUAUUCCCACCACAAUUGGAAACUUGCAGAGACUACUUUAUCUUUCUUUGGCUUAUAAUGAGUUACAAGGAUCUAUUCCAGAGUCACUCGGGAAAAUGAUUAGUUUGGAAUCGGUUAAUCUAUCCAAUAACAUACUUUCGGGUACGAUUCCAAAAUCGUUAGAGUCACUUCGAUAUGUGAAGUAUUUCAUUGUAUCAUUCAAUAGAUUAGAAGGUGAAAUCCCAAGUAAAGGACCUUUUCUCAAUUUCACCUCUCAAUCUUUUAUGGGAAAUGAAGGGUUAUGCGGCGGUUUACUUUUCCAACCUUGUAGGACUAGGUCUUUUCGUCAUUCAAGGAUAAGCAAACUGCUACUGAAUAUACUUGUCUCACUGGGAGCUGCAGUAAUGGUACUUGGCUCAAUUGUUGUGUUUAUCUUAAGGAGACAUCGGAAUAGAAAUGUUCCAACUCAAGCCGAAUCCUUUCCUGCAACAACACCAGCCAGGAUUUCAUACAUUGAAAUUGAAAGGGCAACUCAAGGGUUCGACCAAUGCAACUUGCUAGGCUCUGGAAGUUUUGGCUCUGUCUACAAGGCCAUGUUUGAAAAUGGGAAGACUUUGGCAAUCAAAGUGUUCAAUUUACAGAUGGAAGGUGUAUUCAAGAGUUUUGAUACUGAAUGUGAAGUUCUACGCAACCUUCGCCAUAGAAAUCUUGUCAAAGUUAUCAGCAGUUGUACUAACAUGGAUUUUAAAGCAUUACUUCUAGAGUACAUGCCCAAUGGGAGCCUGGAGAAAUGGUUACAUUCUGAUGAUCACUUUUUGGACAUAGUCCAAAGAUUAGACAUAAUGAUUGAUGUUGCAUCAGCUUUGGAGUAUCUCCAUCAUGGUUAUGCAACAGUCAUUGUACAUAGUGACUUGAAGCCUAGUAAUGUCUUGCUAGACGAAAGGUUGGUUGGACACGUGAGUGACUUUGGGCUGGCCAAGUUAUUCGGAGAAGGGGAAUCUAUUGCUCAUACUAAAACACUUGCAACAUUGGGCUACAUUGCACCAGAGUAUGGAUCAGCAGGACGAGUUUCUACAAGUUGUGAUGUGUACAGCUAUGGCAUUAUGCUCAUGGAGAGUUUCACAAGAAAAAGACCAUAUGAUGAAAUGUUUCAAGAAAAUUUGAGCAUGAGGCGUUGGGUAUAUAAUUCAAUACAUGUUGCACCGGAGGACAUUAUUGAUGUCACCUUAAUGAAACAAGAAGAAACUGAUUUCACAAAAAAGCUGCAUUGUCUAUCCUCUAUUCUGGAGUUGGCGUUGAAUUGCACAGCUGAUUUUCCUAGUGAGAGGUUGAACAUCAAAUCUGUCCUGACAAAUAUCAACAAGAUCAAACAUGAGUUUCUUCACGAAUGAUGUAGCCUCGACAAGUUUGAGCUAGUUUUCCUCUCGAGUUUCAAUGCCUUGUACAAUCUUAGUGAUUGUUAUUGUUUAGAUAUAUCAACUUUGCAGAUGUGAAUCCCUCAGCAUUAGUAUACUGACGAAAUAUAGUGGUACUAUGUAAUCAUCUUUUAAAACUAAUAAAAACAGAAUCUUAUUGAUUAACAUGAUAAA